CCAUGAGGCCAGCACGAAACAGUUCUUGAAACCAAUUCACACGGCAUCCUUAGGUGCAUGGGCCUACCCCAAUUCUUCUUUCACGCCGGAGCAGCUGAACACGUCCACAAAAGAUGCACCUCUCUUAAAAGAGCUCGGGUACGACCUCGCAGGUAUCCCACCGGACUACUCCAGGCUUCCAGAUGCGCUUCCGGCACCAGUAGUACUCAAUUCAGUUUUUUA